GGUGCCAAUGCAACCUUGCAGUGCGAUGGCUGGACGGGUGAAAAUCAUCACCACCUUCUGGGCUUCAUGAUGACAGCACAGAGAAAGUUACAUACAGUCAAAGUUCACAAUGCAUUGAGGGAUCCUCGGACAGCUGAAGAACUUCUUCGGCAGAUAUUAGAGGCAAUCAGCAAGAUCGAGACUGAAUGGGGGGCCACUGUGGUUGCAUGCACUACAGAUGCAUCUGGCGAAUCUCGAAAGGCCCAUCGUCUACUUCGAGAGAAAUUUCCGCACCUUGUUGUUCCUGAUUGUGUAGCUCAUCAGUUAAUUACAUGGUUACGCAGCAAGACACAAGUACUUGCCAUUCUCUGUGAGAUACAGAUGGCAACCAUUGGAAAAACACUCGCAGUCCUCAGAGCAGUGCUGACACGCUGGUUAUCACACUAUCUCGCAUAUUGUUGUCUUCUUGAGCUUCGACCUGCCCUUGAACUGCUUGUUACAAAGCACGAGGCUAAUCUAAUGUCAAGUGGAGAUGCACAAUCACACAGGAAGACUCAAACUACUAUCAACACAAUAAAAAACACAACAUUCUGGCAUGCAAUGGCACAAUGGAAAACUCUGCUUGAACCAAUCUCCCUCAUGACAAAUAUUCACCAAGCAGCCCAAGCAAGACCUGAACAUGUUGUGAUUUCAUUUGGUUUCCUGCACUUUCGCUACUCCAAGAUUGAAAAUCACACUGAUCUCGCUGCUCGUACAGCUGUUCUUGCAAGUGCUGAAUGCCGCUGGGGACAAUGUGACCAAGAAGUUUUUAUUGCUGCUGUCAUCAUCAAUCCUUUCUACAAGAUUUUGCCAUUCAAAAAGAUACCUCUCACAACACGUGCAGGGCUUGCGGCACUUUUCGGACGUCUUUGGAGCCCUUUUUUCAACUCAGAUGCACCACUUGAUCUUUACACAGACCUAGAGGACUAUAUGAGUGGUUCCUGUGACUUCGCACACAUAGAUGUCUACAAGUUUGCAUUGUUAUCUCAUGCUGAGAAGGAGGGUAUUGCAGUUGAUCCAAUUAAUAUCUGGGAUGGACUGUCACAUCCCGGGUCACCACUUAGACCACUUCAUUCUAUUGCCCUGCGCCUUCUCUCUAUCUGCCCAAAUUCCGCCUCUUGCGAGCACCUUUUUAGUGUCUUUGGCGCAAUUCUCAUGAAAUGGCGAAAUUGGCUCUCAACAGAAACACUCACACUCCUCGCUGAACUCAAGAUGUAUGUUCAUGAAGAGCAUGUACGCAACGAUGUCAUCAAGAAGCGGCUCAAGUGCCAGUACUGUGACAAGAAAGAGUCUGCCAAAACACAGGCAACCAAUGAUUCAGAUGCAGGAAGUGGUGAGUGUUACGGACUCAGAUAG